AGCAGCUCCUGCAGACGUGCUCAGCUCCAGAAACUCUCGAGCUGAGCCUGUGUUGAACUUCCAGACGCGCUUGGCGCAGAUGUUUCCAGUUUUCCUCCUCGUCUGUUUAAUUUGUCCAGGAUGCGUCCAUCCGUUGGUGCCUGAGAAGAAGGGGAGGAUGGAGACGGACAGGAUGGACGUACAUCCAGCGAUAUAAAGGAUAUGUACAGGGCCAAAUCACUCCCAAUGCAACAUUUUAGCCCUGACAUACAUCUGGGAUGUGUUUCUACGGACAAACUGUAAAGUUUGACGUGAUGUUUAGCGAUGCAGCAGAGAGGACUGAAAGAAAUCCUGCAGAGUAGCACGCAAACCCAAAUCUGGUAAACGUCUCAGAGGUCUUUGUCAGUCUUGACCGGUGUCUAAAAAGCAGAAUGACCUGCAGCGGUCUCUUUUCCUACUCAAUACUUAACUGACGUCAGCGUCUUCAGAAGAUGCUGAGAAAGAUGGCGACCCUGAGGAGGAUCCUCCACGUGAAGGGAGAUGUGAUGUGCACAAUGCUGCUCCUGGUGCUGUUCUGUCUGCUGCUCUAUGCCCGCCAGGUCGUGCUCUCCUCUGGAUGGAACAGACCCGAGUUGAAGCUGGAAAUCCACGGCUCAACCAGCUCCAGCAGGACCCUUAAAGGCGCCAGCGGGGCCAAAGUAGGCCAGGAGUCUCCGACGUUACCAGCUGGCCCUUCGGAGCCACAGCUGCCUCCCUGCAAACCGCAGUCCAAGUCCAAACCUCCACAGUCCAAGUCCAAACCUAAGGGGAAAUCCAAGACACGACGGAAAAAUGCUGCACCGACUAAGACAGCAGGCAAGCCUCUGCCCACGAUGCCACCGUUUGACUUUGAGGGCUAUUUGAGAGAGAAAGACAACAGAGACUUCAAGCUGCUCGUAGACCAGCCAGAGAAAUGUCACAUCAGAGGAGCAGAAGAAGAAGAAGAAGGAGGAGGAGGAGGAAGUAAAGGAUCUGCACCCUACAUGCUCAUUGCGGUGAAAUCUGUCGCUGCAGACUUUGAUAAACGUCAGGUGGUACGCCGGACCUGGGGUAAAGAAGGACAUUUCCAAAACGGUGUCUCGAUCCGUACUGUGUUCCUGCUCGGGGUUCCGAGGAAUCGGACUGCUCUGCCUCUGUGGGACCGGCUCCUGACCUACGAGAGUCAAACCUUUAGAGACAUCCUGCUCUGGGACUUUGAAGACACAUUCUUCAACCUGACGCUGAAAGAAACGCAUUUUUUGAAAUGGGUCAACGGCAGCUGUCCUCACGUCAAGUUCAUCUUCAAGGGUGAUGCCGACGUGUAUGUUAAUGUGGAGAAUAUAUUAGAGAUGCUGCAAGGUCAAAAGCCAGACGAGGAUCUUUUUGUUGGUGAUAUUAUUUUCAAUGCUAAACCCAUUCGUCGGCGCAGUUCCAAGUACUAUGUGCCAGAGUUCAUUUAUGGAGUGGGUUUGUACCCGAAUUACGCUGGAGGAGGAGGGUUUGUCAUGUCAGGACAUACAGCUCGGAGGCUCAGCUCUGCCUGUCAACAGGUGGAGUUGUUCCCCAUCGACGACGUCUUUCUGGGAAUGUGCCUCCAGCUGAUCGGCGUCAAACCGUUGCGCCACCAGGGCUUCCGAACCUUUGGCAUCCCCCGACCUUCCGCGGCGCCCCACCUCCAGACGUUCGACCCCUGUUUUUACAGGGAGCUCAUGGUUGUUCACAGUCUCAGUGUGCCUCAGAUCUGGCUCAUGUGGAACCUCCUGCAUGACCCUAAACUGAGCUGCCACAACAGGACCAGCCCGACAACGUGGCCCUUUAAGUGGAGAGGGAGGAUGGUGGAAACGGAGGGAGAAGAGACGGACUAUGGCGAGAAGCAGGUGUUUGUCACGCAUUAGCGACUCUCUGCAGGGCAGAGUGGGAUCUGCGAGAGCUUUAGGGAGCCCAGAAUGGUUACAGGAUUCACAGGAUCCGUGGCCAACUUGAAAUUCUUGUGAUGCAUUCAAAAGCACAGUUGAGUCGUGUGAGACUUUAUCCAAGAUGGCAUCUCAUCUUUGGAGGAAAUGAAUUGGCAAGGGCCAAAUGUGAUUCAGAUUUUUCAGCCACGAAGCCAAAAAGAGAAUUUUAGGCUUUUGCCAUCUGAGCCCAUUGCGUGUCCACACAGUGUUUGUGAACACAGCAAGACCUUAAAUUUGCAAAGAAGAUGAGUGUGUGAUGAAGCUGAACAUCACUGGACGUUUGAAUGUGUAACCUUGAGAGUGUAUUGUGUUUUUAUUGUUUACACGGUGAAACAGAUCCACGACAAAAUGUGGUUAACUGGUUUAACCCCGCGUGCCGUCUGAUACCACGACAUCGCUAAUAUUCGGACUCUUAUUGGACCCGUGUGGACAGACUGGACUGCUAUUGACUGCGUGUGCUGCGCGAGUUUAAAGACAGCCAAGACCUUUUCAUGUUCUCAUCGUGAGUAACGAGCGGAGAUGUAUUUCACUUCCUUAUGAGAGAUGGACGGUCACAUUAUCUGUUCCCUGGAGGAACAACAGAUAAAGCCUUAAUGGGAAACAGCUGCACAGUGGGAACCAGCUGGGACCAUAACACACACACACACACACACAAAACCUCUCGCUGAAUGUUUGAAGAAAAGCCAGGCAUGUGUUCUUUCACGUGAACGCGUUAGUAAUUACUAGGAUUCGAUUUGUUUUCUUUGAUUUUGUUUUACUUUUUUGCUCUCAUCUGUUUUCAAAUGGAUUCGUGCAGAUCACCAUAUUCACUGAGAUGUAAACACAGGUGUGCGUCUAUUUGAGUGAUUGUGUGGCCAGUGUUGGGCCUGUCCACCAACAACUAUUGGAGGGAUUGUCAUAAAAUAUGAGAAAAGAACUCAGGAUCUUGUAGGAGAAAAGAUAUUUAGAGGACCUCAUAUCUUAGAAGAUACCAAAUAGAUUUAGCUCAAAGUCAAAUUUGAGUUUUAGGGUUGUGUAAGAAAUAAAAAGCUCUCCAUCUUUUGUUUCACAUCCACAUUUUUAUUGUUUUUUUUUUUUCAUAUCCUGGUUGCACACAGAGAAAAUGAACUUUGAUGUCAAUGAACAGUGAGCAUUUGAUUUCAUAAAAAGUCCAGAUGUAGCGUUGAAUAAGUUGUCGGAGAUCGCAGCAGCUCGUCUCAACAACCGUCAUCAAACACAGUCAAAAGUAAUUCGUCGGCGCGAAAGCUUUCAGUUAACAAAACCCUUCUCUUUGCACUACAUUGGUAUUGUUAUUGCCUUUUUUUUCCCCCCAGUGGACAUGCUGAAUAAAUCUAUUUCUUCAUACACAAAGUUAAAGUACUCAAAAUAUAAAAUGCCACAUUCCCAAUGAAUUUCACAAGUUUUAAUUAAGUAUAACUGCCCCAUUUCCAGAAAUGGGCUCCACAAAAAAAAUAAAAAUAAUAAUUGGGAGGAGAAUAAUCAAGAUGGGCAACAGAACAUAUCAAGGACAGACGAUACAAAGCGUUAAUAUGAGAUUAUCGUUACACGAAGCUGUCAGUUAAUAAAUUACAAGUAUCUGGUUUUUGACAAUCAUUCAUUCCUGCAUUCAAUUAAAUAGAAAACGAAGAAGAACAGGUGGAAUUUAAAAGCCACGCAGAUCUCUGGAUGAAAGUUCUCACUUAUUUUUCUAGCUUUAUUUUUUUUAUUUAGAAAAACAAGGAUGUGAUAUGUCCACCUGAGUUUGGGUGAGAUUAACUACCCAGCACCCUUUAUAGCUCCUCUGUCCGUGUCUCUCAGUAACAAUGCAUCAUCACGGCACUGACCGUCUGUGGCGCUGGGCUUACCAAAACUGGGUUAAUGCCUAGUAUCUUUUUUCUUCUUAUGUGUGUACUGUGCUGAAAAUAAAUGAGUGUUUAUGUUUUGUUUCUCCACAGAAGCAUCUUGUUUUGCUUUUCAUUCAGGGUUUCUGUUUUUUUUCAUAUCAUCUCUGACCCAUCUGCUUCCAAUCGAGCAGAGCUCAAGUUAGCCCUGAGAUCUUUUGGGGCGGUGACCAAUUCUUUCAAAUCGCGGAGCGAGAUAAAGAAGGGUUUCCUCUCCACAAAAUCUGAUACUACCGGCUAAAAUCACUGAUUUUUUUUGGGGUUGGGAUCAUGUUUUCUACACUGACUCUAAUGAGCUUUUAAGGGUUGUUUCAUGCAGACACACAUCAGAUAAACAGGACAAAGUACACAACAUAAUGUUGCUUAAGAAACCCACAAAAAGAACAACCCUAGUUUUGGUAAAACCCAACUCAACCUGCCGUUCUCUGCAGGUAACGAUGAAAACUAAAAAUGAGACGGCCAUGGUACCAUUUUAGCUCGAUGCUGAUGCUGGGUGACACGCACACACACAUACGUACUGUACACAAUGAUGCAGUUCAAAUGCAUUUUCAAAUUGUAUGUACAAGGAGAUUUUUUAAAACUUUUUUUCCAACAGAGGAGAUAGACAGAAGUCAAAGACAGGCUCGGUGGGAGAUGAGGCACAAUGUUCAACAGUUUUGUGUUUUUUUUUCUUCUUGAUUUUCUCGUAUACACUUGCACAAAAGCAAGCUGUAGGAAAAUGUUUGAAUAUAUAGCUUUUUUAUGUUAUAUUACAUCUGUUUUCCUCACUCAACUCCAGAUGUGGAUAAACCAGAACAGGAGUAGGGAACACGUUGUGUUUCCAAGUUCAUCAGACUCUUAAAAACAUCUUUAAACCUGGGAGCCCGAUAAGAAAAUGAGUUCAUUUGUUGGAAGCCAUCGUGAAACAUUACUCAAGCUUUCGGGAUCCCAGGUUACGUUCGUGCUCUCCUGUUUCCAGAAGCCACAUCACCUCACAUAGGGAGGGAGUCUGACUGCAAGAAAGCUGCAGCCAAAGAGAUUUUUCUAGUGUAAACAAGUAGACGUAUAAUCUAGCAACACGUCAACGCCAACUCCAAAUUAGAUUCUGUCCACUCUACAAAAACAACUCCACCAGAGCUAUCUUCCAGUCCGAAUGUGAGGAAGGAUUAUUGUUUUUCCCUGUCAGCUUCGUAUCCGACGCUGUUUCUGGGGCGGGAUCAAACACCCUGCAGUAGCAGUUCAAGCAGAGCUUAAGCAGGGCGAUCUACUGACACCCAACACUUCUGUGUACUUGCAGCCUUAGCACUGCACAAUAAAAAAAAAUAAAAAAAAGUUUCAAUACUGAGUGGUCUGGAACUGGACAAAAAAACAACAACAAGAAAACAAAAGACUUCCAGUGAUUGUUAAUGAGUCAGUAAUGAACAGAUGCCUCCUCCUGACUUUGAAGUCUAAUCAGAAUCAGAGAGGAAAAUAUCGAGAUCACUCAGCCAGCGCUCGAGUCAGUUGUGUCUGUGCCGAGCUAUUAAGAUCAUGUAAAUAAGAGCACACAACUAUUUACAGCAUUUGUACAUCAACAUCAACUCCAAACAUCAGGGCAACAAAAAACAAAGAAAAAACUCUUUCUGGGUGUUGGGGAGGGUUUAGUGAGGAUUUCUUCUAUUUCUUCUUUCUCUGUUAAAAACAAAUUAAAGCUGCUCUUUAAUGCGGUCUUCUCCUGCUCAUUUGUACAUUAGUAACUAUAUUAAAUGGGUUUUUAAGCCAAGGUAAACAAAGGCUAUCAUUUGUGAAUUGUUAACAAGAAAUAAACACGUGCCCUCACUUCCUUCGCGCUUGCUUUCUUCUAAUUUUCAUUCUUUGUUUGGUCGGUUGUUCCUUGUGGAUGCUGCUGGUCACAAGCUAACUCACAUUUUCAUGCCAUUUGGGAUAAAAAUCGAUCAAUUAAUCAACUAAUUUAGUCAGGAUUGUUUUUUAAAAGGACACGCGGUAGCUACUAAUUAAAAACAUAGCAAAACAAACAAUAAAAUACCACAGUGACGCUUCAAACUGCCACGUCAACGUUACAGAAGAAAAAUCAAAAAUUAAAAGACACCUGCAUGCAGCCAACUCUGCAUUUUGUGUUCUUACUGUAAUUUUCAACAUUCUGCCCGUUACCUUCACACAUGUUGAUACAAACAAUCAGAAAUUCAGCAAUAGAGAAAAUAAAAAACAAAAAACAAAUGGCAUUUGUAUCAAGGGACAAUAAAAGAGAAUAUGUCUAUUAAAAUUAAUACAGUUUAUUCAAAUGCUUACGAUUAAAAAUAGUUUUAAAUCCAUACAUCAGGAGGGAGAUGCAAAGAAAUGUCACGAUGAAGGAAUGAUGUUCUUACCCCAUUUCCUAAAGAAAUGGGUUCAAAUGUACUGCAAGAGAAAUAACGGUAAUUCUUUAAAUUGCAGCUCUCUGAUGACAAUAACCACUGCACGAGAGACACUCACAGGAGGGGCGACGCUAGUUAUUACUGCUGUUAAAGUGUCUCCGGAUGUAACCGGGCUGAUUGCUUUCACAGAAGUCAGCUAUUCACAUGUUAAGUGUAAUUACUGUAAGCACUUUGCAGAAACCAGGAGCUGAAUUUUAGAGGAUUUACCACGACGACGAGGUGGCGGGGGCAAAAAGAUGCAAGACUCAAAACGCAGGCUGUCGACAUAGUGACUCUCUGGACAGGACAGGUUUGGACAGGAGAUUACAGUGAUAACGUCAGCAGAUCAAAUGAUAUCAUCCUGAAACAUCUUUGGCUAUAGCGUUUGGCAAUUCAAACAAAGAAAUAAACGCGGACUCUGCCGAGGGAUGAAUUGCAAUGCGUCGAUCGGAUGAGGAGAUGAAGAAGCACAGAGGAAAAGAAGAGUGUAACAUAUGACUAUAUACAUACACCAUGGGAGGACCUGUCUGUCCAAAACACACACACACACACAUAUAUUCACUCACACACACUGCUGUCUCUCCAAAUGUCUCCUUAUAUCCACCUCUGAGGAUAGGGCACAGUCAAUCAAGUAAAAAAGGUGUGUAUUAGUGCAAAUGUAAAAAAAAAAAAA